AUCAAUUACAAAACAAUCGCUAUGCAACAUUGGAGUUCGUUAUUGAAUUUUAAAUCAUUACUUAGUCAUAAUGUUUUAGUUCGUUUUAAAUCAUGUGCGGCAACAAACUUUAAAUUAAAUAUCUUAUUUUUUGGCACCGACACAUUUUCACUGCGAAGUCUUAUUUCGUUGGAAAAUUCAACAAAAUCCAAUAAGUCCAAAAUCAAUCGAAUUGAUGUGGUGACAUCGUUCCGUUCAAAGGGAAAUCCGGUGAAAAAAUAUGCCGAUGACCAUGGGAUGGUGUGUAUGGAUUGGGCGACAUUAAAAUCAAAUACCAACAUAAUUAAACAUGAUUUGGGAGUUGUGGUGUCAUUUGGCCAUUUAAUACCAGAAAAUAUAAUCAAUACAUUUCCAUAUGGAAUGAUAAACGUGCAUGGCAGUCUUCUGCCACGAUGGAGAGGUGCAUCGCCAAUAAUUUAUUCAAUUUUAAAUGAAGAUUCCGUGACCGGUGUAUCCAUAAUGAGAAUCAGUCCGAAUAAAUUUGAUGUUGGGGAAAUUUUAGCAGCGAAAUCCGUUGAAAUUCCAAAAAAUGUACUGAUGCCACAUUUACAUAAAACACUUUCAAAUGAAGGCGCCACACUUCUGACAGAAUGUAUUGAAAAUGCACCAGCCAGUUUUCAGAAUGGAAAACAACAAGAUGACAACAAGGCUACCUAUGCUCCAAAAGUACCCGAGUCAAUGGCUACCAUAAAUUGGCAAAUGAUGACAGCGAAAUACGUUUGUAAUUUAUAUAGAGCAUUAUAUUCGUUUAAAUGGCUGACAACAUGUUGGCAAAAGCGUCGUGUAAAAAUUAGAGAUCUUGACUUGACCAACGAUGGUGUCAACGAAUCAAAUUUGGAUCGAUCACCGGGCUAUGUAGAAUACGAUAAAAUUAAUAAAUGUUUGUGUGUACAUUGUAGCGAUGGACAUUUCAUUAGCAUCAAAAAGUUGAGUGUUGAAGGUAAACCUGUGAUGACAGCGGCUGAUUUUAAUAAUGGAUUUUUGAAAAAAGUCGACCCAAAACAGCGAUAUUUCACGUAGCAGUUCAAUAAAAAGAAUAUAGAAUGUUAUUUAAAAAGAAAAACUACUAUUUAAAUUAUUUCUAAUA